ACGACAGCAUGUGCUCUCUUUCCCUAAUAGAAGUGCUAUUUCUUUUAUAUUGACAAUUUUAGAGCCAUUUGAAAGUGUUUCUGUGAACAACAAAAUGAAUAAGAAAGCAGGCUCCUUUUUCUGGAACUUCAAACAACUCAGUACUUUAAUUCCAACAAGCAGAACCAUGAGGCUAUAUUCUUUGGGAUUUUGCAGACCAAAAAUUGUUUGUGCAAAAUGGAAACUAAGAAGCCUCUUAAAUGACUUAGGUAAUAGAAAGCAAUCAUCUAUUAGAUAUCUCUUUCAGGAUGCAUUUAUUUUUAAAUCAAGAGAAGAUAGUUGUCAAGCAAAAGGCAUAAGCACUGUAAGGGUCCCUACAGUUCAUAGACUGCUUUGUCCCAGAAGAAUAUUCUUUGAUGCAAAAUAUUCUGUUGUCUGUGUUGAUAUACCUGAUAAUGGACUGAAGAAAUUAAGCUUUCAUCAUGAGGCCUCCAGUGAAGAUGUUCUCAUCAAGGAAAGAAAAGCAACCCCUCUGAGUUCCCGAAAACUGUCUGAGGAGUGUAAUUCCUUGAGUGAUGUGUUAGAUACAUUUUCAAAAGCACCUACAUUUCCUAGCAGUAACUAUUUCUCAGCAAUGUGGACAAUUGCCAAAAGGAUGUCCGAUGAUCAGAGGCGCUUUGAAAAACAAUUGAUGUUUAAUCACCCUGCCUUUAACCAGUUGUGUGAACAACUGUUGAGAGAAGCCAAGAUCCUGUACUUUGACCACCUGCUGUUCAGCCUGCAUGCCUUGGUGAAGCUCGGUGUCCCUCAGAACACCCUGCUGGUGCAGACCUUGCUAAGGACCAUCCAGGUAAAAUCAAAAGGACGCUGAAACGAUGUUACCUGUCUUAUCAGAUCUUGAAAGAAUGAAAGCAAAGAGACAUGCAAGAAUAGAGAAAUUUUAUUUACUGGUUCUAGGAUACUAGUUGAUCAACAUGUUUGGAAGAUAAAAAGCAUCUUUACGUUACAAACUGUGAUGAAAUACAUUGGACAGGAUACACCAAUUGCUCUGAAAAAGAAACUGGAGAUGAAAGCCUUGAAGGAAUUAGACAGAUUUUCUUUGUUGAAUAGCCAGCAUAUGUUUGAGGUGCUAGCUGCCAUGAAUUACCGGUCUGUUGUUCUCUUGAACGAAUGCAGUGCGAAGGUCAUAGAUAAUAUCCAUGGUUGUCCUUUCAAAAUAUUGAACAACAUAUUGCGAUCCUGCAAAGACCUUCGAUACCGUAAUUUAAAACUCUUUGAGGGAAUAGCAGAUUAUGUACAUACAACUUUUGACAUCUGGACGUUGAAACAAGUACUUUUUCUCCUCAUUUUAUUUGAAAACCUUGGCUUUCGGCCUAUUGGUUUAAUGAACUUGUUGAUGAAAAAAGUAGUAGAGGAACCUGGAUCCUUAAACACGAAAAGCAUUGUCUCUAUUCUUCACGUGUAUUCUUCUCUCAAUCACAGCUGCCAAUCUCAGGACAAAGAGUUCCUGGAUGUUAUGGCUGCUGCUCUGACUGGUUGUCUUCACCACAUCUCUUCUCAAAACCUACUGAACGCUGUGUAUUCAUUUUGCAUGAUGAAUUAUUUCCCUCUGGCUCCUGUUAAUCAGCUUCUCCAAGACGACGUCAUCAGUGAGCUGCUGGCAUCAGAUGACAGGGAGAAGAAUGUUCACAGACUUCAUAUUCUGGAUACUUGUCUGAAACUUGAUGAUACUGCUUAUCACAAGGCCUUAGACUUAGCCCUGCCACAGCCACCUUCGGUACCAUCAUGUCCAAAUACAAAGGUGGCAGAGGUGUUAAGUAGACUCCUGGGAGGUGAAGGAUACUUCUCAAAAAAUGUGCAGUUGCCACAUAAUUAUCAUAUCGAUUUUGAAAUCAGAAUGGAUACUAAGAGGAGUCAAGUGCUUCCAUUUUCUGAUGCAGAUAUAACUUGUGCUACAAAUAUUCAAAGAGUAGCUGUGCUAUGUGUUCCUAGAUCUUCUUACUGUUUGUAUUCGAGCCACCCCAGAGGGAUCCUUGCUAUGAAAAUGCGGCAUUUAAAUCUAAUGGGUUUUCAUGUGAUCUUGGUCAAUAACUGGGAAAUGGACAAUCUGGAGAUGGAGAAUGCAGUAGCAUUUUUGAAAACUAACAUCUAUUCAGUUGAAGCCCUUCCUACUGUUAAUGCAAAUUGUCAAAGCACAUAGUAAAGGAAGUCAGCCUUUCACCUUAGGACACAGAUUUGUAAAAAUGACUUUAAUAAAGACUAUAAUUCAGUUUUCAAUGGAAUUAACUUGACUAUUCACCAUAACAAAAAGUGUUACUUCAGUUCACUGUUAAAGUCGAUUUUAAAAUUGGAAGAAAUCUUACUACUGGCAUUUUAGAAUAUGCUGAACAAAUUUCAGAGGGAUUGGUUUUCCAACCACACCUAUUCCAAAUAGUGCUGAGAUAUUUGAAAAAUUCAUGAGCUGUAAGUUUCAAUGUUUCUCCUCAGCUUCGGUGUAUUAAAACCCAGUUUCUUCAC